AAACACCAGAGAACACACACGGGAGAGAAACCCUUCAAGUGCAGUGUGUGUGGGAAGCCAUUUUCACAGUCAUCUGCUCUUAAAACACACCAGAGAACACAUACGGGAGAGAAACCCUUCAAGUGCACUGUGUGUGGGAAGGCAUUUUCACAGUCAUCUGCUCUUAAAAAACACCAGACAGCACACACGGGAGAGAAACCCUUCAAGUGCAGUGUUUGCGGGAAGGCAUGUGCACAUUCAUCAAAUCUUCAAGUACACCAGAGAACACACACAGGAGAGAAACCCUUCAAGUGCACUGUGUGUGACAAGGCAUUUGCAUGGCCAUCAGUUCUUGGGACCCACCAGAGAACACACACAGGAGAGAAACCCUUCAAGUGCACUGUGUGUGGGAAGGCAUUUUCACAAUCAUCUGCUCUUAAAAUACACCAGAAAACACACACAGGAGAGAAACCCUUCAAGUGUACUGUGUGUGGGAAGGCAUUUGCAUGGCCAUCAGUUCUUCAGACCCACCAGAGAACACACACGGGAGUGAAACCCUUCAGGUGCACCUUGUGCGGGAAGGCGUUUGCACAUUCAUCAGUUGUUCAGACCCACCAGAGAACACACACAGGAGAGAAACCCUUCAAGUGCAGUGUGUGUGGGAAGGCGUUUGCACAUUCAUCUGUUCUUAAAACACACCAGAGAACACACACGGGAGAGAAACCCUUCAGGUGCAGUGUGUGCGGGAUGGCAUUUGCACAGUCAUCACAUCUUAAAGUACACCAGAGAAUACACACAGGAGAGAAACCCUUCAGGUGCAUUCUGUGCAGGAUGGCGUUUCUACAUGUGUCACAUCUUAAAAGACACGAGAGAACACACACGGGAGAGAAACCCUUCAGGUGCACUCUGUGCGGGAUGGCAUUUUCACAGUCAUCAAAUCUACAAAGACACCAGAGAACACACACGGGAGAGAAACCCUUCAAGUGCAGUGUGUGUGGAAAGGCAUUUUCACAGUCAUCUGUUCUUAAAAAACACCAGAGAACACACACAGGAGAGAAACCCUUCAGCUGACUCUGCUGGAAGGCGUUUGCAGAUUCAUCAAAU